AUGUUGUCGAUACUUGCUUCGCGCCUGCGAAGCGGCCAGAAGAUUUUUGCCAUGGUUUCUCCUGCGAGCCCUCUCCGUCGGACUGCCAUAUUUGCGGGCAAACCUUUGCCGAUACCAUCGUAUCUGCUUGAUCGUACAGUUCCGUCCUCAAGUAUUCUUAAGAAUUUGCAGCCUGAAGACCAGAAGCGGUUGGAGUUUAUAAAAACGGAACAUAGCGCUUUUGUCGCGGAUGGCAAACAGGCGCCAUUGCAUCUUUCUGACGACGAUUUGUUGGAACUCUUAUGUUGUACAUCUGUGAGCGCACGCAGGAAAUACUACGCCUUUCGUUUUAAAGUUAGCAUGAAGCGGGAAGCUAAAGCAGCCAAACAGCUUCAACGUGUCAAGGAAGUAAGUCUCUUCUCCUUCUCACCCUCAAAAGCAUUAUCUCAGCAUAUAGUUAAAGAUACGAUCAUGCGAAGAUAUUUCAUCGAAUUUACAGUAGUAGUAGGCGUAUACGUUUACCUCUGAUUAUUAUUCCCCGUUUGAGAAUUUCGGUUUGUAAUAACAACGAAUCGUCAUUUCCGUCUCCAUUGUCUUUGCAACACUUGCCGCUUAUGCGGGCCGCUUUUUCGACCCCUAUACCUGAACUGCAAAAUAAAACAGAACCGUCCUUGGUUCGGUGGUAGAGCGUCCAUCCACCAGUUAUCUAGGCUUCGUGGCAUGAUUUUUGGAUGACUUACAAACUUCCGCAUGCAAACCAAAAAUGACUCAUGCAGUCACUGUCGUGAUUGACUACGAGAUUGCUUGAUCUAAUACCUGUCUCAACUUAGAAUGAUGCCCCUAAGCGUGGGCCUCCUCCUUAUUUACGCCUUAACGUCCUUCGCACAACUGUUUCCACUCAGUCAAAUUCAGUUGAUUUCACAUUUACUCUUUUCCCUAGUCUAAGUCCGAAGUUGAAUACAUUCAAAAAAACCAGAUUCUCCACGUUGUACGUGAAACCCCUAUCAGGGCGCAUCUGGAUGACUGGCUAGCUGCGGAGUUGCGCAAUCCGGACUCCUCACAGAUGCUCCUCUUUGACUGCUCGCACGAGGAGGAGAUGCGUGUCGCCGACCAAAAAAAUCUCGCCAAACAAAUGGCUCUUGUCCUUUCACACAACCGCCAAAUGCGGCCUAUCCCUUUUCACCUUGUUCUCACAAGUUUGAUCCAAGGAACCAACCAGUAUCAGUUCUUCGCUAACGAAUUCAACGCUCGCAACGACGUAAGUGACCCUCUGCGUCGCCUUAUUCUCAAGGCUCUCCCGUCAUUGCUUGCUAGUCGUAUGCUGAGGCCAACUAAUUACGAAAUUUAAACGGUGCGAACAUUUCCAGGCGUUAUUUCGGACCGUGUACUUUGUGACCUUUAUAACGUCAUAAAAUCUGGCCCUCAUGCCUUCGUCAACCAUUACAUAUAACCGCUGUUUCCUUUUAGUUUGCCAACUUAUGAUGUUGAUUUCCCCCUAAAUAACUUUUUGGCCGACUACAAAUACUCAUAUGAGAAACUCUCAAAGCUACAACUUGCCACAAUUUACCUUUUGUUCGGUUUCUACCAACCUGGUUUUUUUUAUAGCCCUCCGGUCCCCAGUGCCUUGAAAAUUGCCUUUGGACUAUCAGACCGGAGCACUAUCUCGAGCUGUCUUCCUUCCUUGGAGGUAGGCGAAUUGUGUACCUGAGUCCCAACGCACCGCGCGCCUUUGAACCCGGGGAAUGGGAUAACAACGCCGCCUAUGUCGUCGGUGGGAUUGUGGACAAGGCUAUCCGGCGUCCUGUCACACAUGCAAGAGCCAGACGCUCUGGUAAGUUGUCAAGUUUUUGUGCGGUUUGUGCCACAACCACAUAUCCGACUCUUCUAUUGUCUUCCUGAGCUCAAGAGCUCCCGAGACAAGCAACUAGUGCACUUGAAUAAAAGCCAGAGUUUGACAGGCCCAUGUAAUUCUCAUUCCUGCGUAGUUUCAUAAGAUUUGACGUCUGGCUCGUCAUUUUCAUUAGGCCUUUCUCGGUGACUCGAUUUUUCUUCUGGAGAAGUAUUCAGAGACCUGUUUAGCGAGCGCACGCUUGCUUCCGAUAGCUUCUCACCAGUCCACUUCGUUUACAUUAAUAAUUAGAUAAAUCGACUGACUGAGUUGAUUUUCUUCUUUUGAACUUAAGACGAGAUUAGUUUCCUUUUGAGAUUUUGAUCCAUGGGCCUCUAAAUGGUGGUCAAACUCUCCGCCCAGCGUAACAUCAUUGUCAUAUUUACGAUCUCAUACUUGCCUCGGACCUUCGAGGUCAAACUUUGGUUUCCUGGUAAAUGACAGACUCCGUUUUGGAAUACUUUUAAAAGCCCGGAUAUUUUUGUCCAAAAACGAUUUCCGCAAAAGUGAGGGCAGGUGGGACCUGGCUCCAUGUUGUCUUUAUAGACGCUCUUAAGCCAAUACAACAGUUUGUUAUGAUGUUUGUUAAACCAUACCAUCUGCAAUAAGGGCGCAUGUCUUGGGAAAACGUUUUCUACGACAUAGGGUCCAACCGCCGCCCCCCCCCCCCAGUCAGUACUGGUUACUCAACCGCCUGACCACUGCGGCCAUGCGAGCCCCCUGCAUGGAUUAAUCGAAGUUGCCUUCCUCCUGACUUGUACUGAAAGCUGACAUGUGUUGUACUCUGAUUGGCGAGUCACCAUCUCACGAUAGUUAAUAUUCCCGAUCGCAACGGACAGGAAAACGGGCUAGCGACUAAAUCGUAGUGUGUUGGACUACUUAACGCUCAACGACCAAGGCUUCUGGGUUCGAAUCCUAGGGGUCAGGCGUGACUGGCUAAUGAGCCAAAAAGAGCCGUCCCAGCCCCUCAUUUCUUUGUCGGUACUCCUGCGUGGUUACUGGUAGCUACGCGACUGCCUGCGAAGUCUGUAAAUUGAGCUCCAGUGCUCCAUCGUCGCACGUUUUGUUGAUUCCGGGGAUCGUGUGACCCCCACGUAACCUCCUACAUGUAAGUUAUCACCGAACUACCGUAAGCCACUGAGCCAGCGUCCGUUAGCAACAGCAGAUGCGACUACCAUCAGGUUAUGCAAGCCGAUCUUGUGCAAACAGGAAAACCUCGUUCAAACUCUUCAUUUACCAUGGCCAAAGGUCGGUUGACUGCAGGAUUUGCUCUGCGCCCUCUUCCACUCCCCCUAUUCUUGCAUCCCACGUGUGUGAAAAGACUAACUUUAAUUGAUUUCUCUUAUAUCUCACGUGUUUCAGUCGAGCCCUGUUCUCGCAUAAGUAUAUUAUCCUGAGCGGAAUCCUCCCAACCAGUCUUCGGAGUUGUUAUUUAUACUAAUUUUCUAUUUUUCCAGGCGUCGAAUGUGUCCGACUCCCCAUUGAGCGCUACCUACACUGGAGGGCGGGCAGCAAAACCCUCACUCUGGUGGCCAUCCACGGCAUUUUGGCAACUGCGAAGGCCACUAAUGGUGACUGGAAGACCGCUUUGGAGAAGAACGUCCCCAUCCGAUUCCUCCGUGAGCACGAUCCUGUACAGAGAGAGAUAGACAGGAUGUUACGUCAGGUGUAG